CUUCACUCAUUUUCAUCACUUCUAUGUCCGAGUUUUCAUCUUCGAAUGUGUUAAAAGGCCUACACAACAACCUAUAAUUAUGAUUAAAUAUAAAUGUUAUGUAUUUCAAAAAGGUUCCAAUGUCUGCUGAGAUGCAGUCCGCAAAUGAUCACUUCCCGUUAAUUUCAGAUAGUAUAUAUAGCACAAAUCAUGAAUUUAGAAGAAGUUUGGGUGAACAUUUGUUGAAAAAAGAACGUCAACCUUCCAUAAAACAAGAAGAAACCAGCACUCAAACAAGCAAAACUAUUUUACAGUUAGCUCAGUUAGAAUUAGGUGAUAUGUCUCCGGAUAGUUUAAGCCCCAAAACCGACCAACAUGAUCCUGACAGUCCUGUUGGAUCCAUCCAAGCUGAGGCUUACAUCGAAAAUCUGUAUCUACCCUACAGUAGAAAGAGUCAAGUGCUUGACAGCGUUAACUCUGAAGAAACCUUGCAGGAAUCAUUUAAACAGGGGAAUACGCUUUUGCAAAAAUUUCUGGAAAAACGCUCAAAGCACGAUUUAAAACAAACGGAUGCAGUAAAUACAACAAACCCAUCAACAUUAACAACCCUGAACCUAAUUGGAACUAACAAACUCAAAAGCAGUUCUUGUGUCGAAAAUCUCUCAGUGCAAAAUGAACCGGAGAGAAAAGUUAGAAGUGGACAUUUUACUCUCAAGUCUGUAAAAGAGAAUUUUGCAAAAGCAGACAACUCAUUCAACCAUUUUUUACAACAAAAAUAUACGUUGCAUAUAAAUGACGACAGGAACUUUAACCGCCAACGUUUCGAAGUUGAUCCGAAUUCUAUAUCCUUCAUGUCACCGACAAUUUCAAGUCAAAACAAAAAUAAAAUGAUUGAAAUUGAAGCCACCCAAAGUCGUAUAUCACCCGUGCGAAAAGACAAUUCAUUCGGUAGUGGAAAACACGAACUUCAACCUAAUAUAAAAAUACCAUUCACAGAUUGUGAUGUAGGGAGUACGCAUGAUUCACAAUCAUUAUCUGGAAGCACAUUUCGAGAAGAUAAACUGAACUUAAGUCUUGGUGACGAUGGAUACACUGACUUGAAUCCUACUUCUCCAAAGCAUUAUUUAGUAAUUAAUCAAGCCAUGCACAAAAUACGUUCUGAUGACUGGACUGCAAGUUUACAUGGUCUUUUAGAGAUAGUUGAGAUAUGUAAAAAAGCGACUCCAGAGAGUAUAUAUCCGCAAAUGACAUCUGUAAAUCAAAAAUUAAUUGAGUUGUUAAAAAGCUCCAGAUCCCAUGUAUGUCGUACUGCAUGUCAAGCUGCGGGACAUCUUUUUGAACUUAUUGGAGAUACUAGGAGGCCGGAAUUUGACGAGAUAGUGGACAUUCUUCUAUGUAGAACAGCCGACUCCAACAAGUUUAUUCGGCAAGAUGCGAAUUUAGCCCUAGAUUGCAUGGUGACUCACAUUUCACCAAUACAUUCUGUGCGAGCUUUGUGCUCGAAAGGUCCCUCUCAUAAAAAUUGUCUGGUGCGACUUGCGGUGGCUAGAUUGCUAAUCUGUAUGACUGUAAUAACUGGCGUUGAAAAAAUUAUGUGCCCUACAGGAAACGACCAUACGAGGAGAAGGCUUUUUAUGAAUAUGUACAAGUUUAUAUGUGAUAAACACUUGGAUACGAGGAAGAUGGGCCAUCGACUGUAUAUGCUUUUGAGUAAGGACCGGAAUUUUGAAACGCAUACAAAAAAGUAUUUAGAGAGGGAUGAAAUAAUUUUGAUGAUGAAAAAUUUGAAAAUUAUUAACAAUAAAUAGUUAUAAACAAG